AUGCCUUCGAUCGCAAACAUUCACAAGCGCCAUGCCUAUGGCAAAGAUGCGCAUACCUAUUACCCCGUCCUCAUUGUCGGCGCCGGUGAAUCGGGCGUGGCCAUGGGCUGUCGCCUGAAGGAGGUGCUCGGAACAGACCAGUUCCGAAUCUUUGAGCGGCAGUCAGGGAUCGGUGGUACCUGGUGGAUUAACCGGUAUCCUGGUGUGGCCUGCGAUAUUCCUGCGAUAUUCUAUUCCUUCUCUUUUGCGCCAAAGAAGAAUUGGUCGACCUUGCACCCGUCUGGGCCGGAGAUCGCGCAAUAUCUCGCCGAUGUCUGUGAAAAGUACCAGAUCGUGGAUAAGAUCCAAUUCCACACCGACGUCAAGCAUCUUCGCUGGAUCGAGGAAGAUGAGGAGUGGGAAGUCACCCUCUCUCAUCUCGUUCCUGGGACCGGAGAUCUGUCAGCCUAUGAUCGAGAGCAGCUGGCUAUCAACGAGGGUGCGCACUCGGUAUAUAUCAAAGAAGAGAUCGUGCGCGCCAAGAUUGUUGUCAGCGGAGUCGGCGGUCUAGUUGAGCCAAGGACAUGGCCAAAGGACAUCCCGGGCAUCGAGAACUUCGAGGGUGAGAUUAUGCACACGGCUCGAUGGGACGACGAAAUCGACCUGGAGAACAAAGAUGUCAUUGUCUUUGGCUCGGGCUGCAGUGCUGCACAGGUCGUGCCGGAGCUGGCCAAACCAGAGGUCAAUGUUCGCUCGAUCACCCAAAUAAUGCGGACUCCUCCCUGGGUUCAGCCGGAUCUUCUUCCACCUCACCUGCUGGCAAAAUGGGAGAAAUGGAUGCCAACUCUGAUGUCGAACAUUCCGGGUCUGGCAUCCUUCCUGCGAAACAGUCUGUUCCUCAUGCUGGAGCUCAACUUCCUUGCCAUGUUCACGAAUACAGCAUACGGUCGUCGAAAGAGACCGCAGAUUGAGAAGGCUUUCCUGGCUCAUAUGCGCGAGAUGGCGCCGAAAGAAUACCAUGAGAUCCUGACGCCAAACUACAGCCUAGGCUGUAAGCGACGCAUCAUUGACGGGACCUGGUAUCGCAGCUUGAAUGCGCCCAAUGUCGAGUUGACGACGCAGCCCCUCACCCGUGUACGCGCAAAGAGCGUCACAUUGGGCCCUGGCACUCACUACCCGCCUAACCAGAGCAACCAUACCAAUGAAGUUAGGGAGGUCCCGGCUGAUGUGCUCAUUCUUGGCAACGGCUUUGAAACCAACAAAUGGCUGCACCCGCUGAAAAUGACCGGAAAGGGGAAUAAGGACAUUCAGGAGCUGUGGGAUGAGCGCGGUGGUGCCCAGGCGUAUCUUGGUAUUGCGGUGGACCAGUUCCCCAACUUCUUCAUGCUUUUUGGGCCGAAUACCGCGACGGGACAUACGAGUGUCAUUUUUGCAACCGAAAAUGCGGUCAAUUAUUCGCUGAACUUCAUCAAGCCUAUCUUAGAGGGCAAGGUCAGCUCUUAUGAGAUCAAAGAGGAAGCCGAGCGCACGUGGACAAAGGAAGUGCAAGAUCAACUACAGAAGACCGUCUUCCGCCGGGGUGUAUGCUCCAGCUGGUAUAUCACUGCAGACGGGUGGAACUCGUCGACCUACCCGUGA